AUGAGCGGGCUCGAGACUGGUCCCCCUGAAUUGACCAUUGAGGAUCUGGCGACAUUUCGACGCUGCCGCAAAGAGUCCUUCUGGCGCCGUUGUGUGCCUAUGAUCAUGGGCGCUUCCCUUGUCGUUAGCCUUGGGCAAUCUCGGGGUUUCUUUCUUAAUCGUCCUCGUCUUCUCAUGCCCAGCUACUUUCUGGCAGGCUUGAUUGGCUACGUCGGUGGAAAGAUGAGCUACAUUGGUCAUUGCAAGCGCAUGUUUCUAGAAUUGCAUGACAGUCGUGUUAAGGACUUUCUCCUUGGUCACCAGUCUUGCCUACCUCUUCCUCGAAGGCCUGACUUUUCCGUUGAACACGACUGGCCGAGGUCAGAAGGGGAUCCGGUGGUCGUGCGGACGCCCACCACAUAUGCUGAAAGAAGGGAAUAUUACCGCCAGCAAGAGCAGCGACAGCUGGCUCAAGGGUCUCCUGCUCCGCCACCACCACCGACUCCUGGUAAUCAGGAGGGAAGUCAAGGAUCUUUGCAGCAACAGACUUCGUCGAAAUCCCCAUCCUCGGAGUACUUUGAUACGGAGCGUCCUUUGAGCUCUUACUUAUCAGACGAUGAGUAUAGACCGCGGGAGUAG